UGUGCGGGAUUCCGCUGAAUCCAUCCUCUCCGCAGAAUAGCCGUACGUAAAGGGAGGCUGGGCGAGUGCCGUCUGCAUCUCUUCCCAAACCAUCACACGCACACAGCGCGGCUCCGUUCAGCGCCACAGUGGACAUAUCAGCCCGGGACAUGCUCCCUCAGGUCUGCGCAAUCGACGCCUUCCCGGACACAGGAGAGGAUUAAGUUACUGUUGCUCCCGGAUUAUUUUAUUGGCCUCCUCCUGUCACGCCUGAGCCCGCUUUGGUCAGCCCGAUCCCCCUAACGAGCGCUCUUCCAACGCCAGACAUGUCUUUUCGGCGAGGUGUGGUAAGGCAGAGCAAAUUCCGCCACGUUUUUGCUCAGGCCUGGAAAACCGAGCACUGCAUCGACGACGUCCGGGUGUCCCGCGUGACGUGGGACAGUCCCCUCUGUGCCGUCAACCCGAAGUUCAUCGCCGUUAUCAUCGAGGCGGGCGGAGGAGGAGCCUUCCUCGUCCUUCCCCUCAGCAAGAGCGGCAGAAUCGAUCAGUCCUGCCCGACCGUGUGCGGCCACGCAGCCCCAGUGCUGGACAUUCAGUGGUCCCCUCAUGAUGAUAAUAUCAUUGCAAGUGCCUCAGAGGACUGCACAAUAAAGGUGUGGCACAUCCCAGACGGGGGCCUGACAAGCCCAAUGACCGACGCCAUCGUGACCCUUGAAGGCCACAGUAAACGAGUGGGAAUCCUGGCAUGGCACCCGUCCGCCCUCAACAUCCUCCUUACAGCAGGAUGUGAUAAUGUCAUUUGUGUGUGGAACGUGGGUACGGGGGAGCUCGUGUAUCAGCUGACUGAUACCCAUCCAGACCUGAUAUACAGUGUGAGCUGGAACAAGGACGGUAGUGCCGUCUGUACCGUCUGUAAGGACAAGGCCCUGCGAGUCAUCGACCCACGAAGAGGCACCGUCCUCAAGGUCAGGGAGAAGGUCCAUGAUGGUACCAGGCCAAUGAGAGCUGUGUUCCUGUCCGAUGGGAAGAUUCUAACUACUGGCUUCAGCCGAAUGAGUGAGAGACAGCUGGCACUGUGGGAUAUGAGUGAUCUCUCUGAGCCUAUGGCAGUGCAGGAGAUGGACACAAGUAAUGGGGUGCUUCUACCUUUUUAUGACCCGGACACAAACAUGGUCUACCUGUGUGGAAAGGGGGACUGCACCAUCCGGUAUUUUGAGGUGACAGAUGAAUCACCAUAUGUUCACUUCCUCAGCUUAUACAGCAGCAAGGAGCCUCAGAGAGGGGCAGGCUUCCUCAGUAAAAGAGGAGUAGAUGUCAACAAGUGUGAAAUUGCUAGGUUCUACAAACUGCAUGAACGGAAGGUGGAACCCAUCUCUAUGACUGUUCCCAGAAAGUCAGAUCUUUUCCAGGGUGACCUCUACCCAGACACAGCCGGCUUGGAGCCGUCUCUCCUGGCCGACGAAUGGAUUGCAGGGCAGGAUGCUGCCCCGCUCUUGGUUUCUCUGAGCGGUGGGUACACGGCUCCUCCAGCAAAGCACAGAGACACCCUCAGGAGCAAACCCAGGCUGGUCUCGCAGGACUCUGGGAGUGGGGCUGCCUCCCCCACAGCCGGCAGCGUAACGACUCCCACAUUUUCACCGAGCCCUGCUGCCAGGGAGUCGGAAGAGGAGUCACCACUGCCCAGAGUGUCCAUGAGAGAAACCGAUGGAAAUAGUGAGAGGCCGAAGAAAGAGGAUGACCUGUUGAACGAGUUGCUAACAGAGAUGAAGGCCUUGCGCGCUGUUGUGCUGGCUCAGAGCCAGAGGAUCGAAUUGCUGGAGAGGCAACUGGCUCGGAUCGAAGAUGGAGACGUAUGAGGAAGAUGGGGCUUGACUGCAUUGGGAGGGCUUUCCUACGAAAUCCAUAGACCAUAGCCUUAUAGAAUCAACAGUACCUUAAGCUGUGUGACAGGGAGCAUAUGGUGUAGGGUAGCAACUAACUGGAGUCAAAGUGGCUUACAGCCAGGCAUCACAACUAUUGUGAUAAAAACAAGACCACGAUUUGUUUCAGCUUCCGUUUCUUAGGUUGUGGGUGACAAAGGUGUGUGUCACCUGCAUAGUGACGUUUGGCAGUGAGAUAAUGUUUUUUAAUCAAAUGAGUGAUGUAGCAGCUGUUUGGUUGAGCUUAGUGAAAUCCACAGUCCAGGCUUUGAACAACAUAGCAAGGCAUCGUUGCUUUGCAUUAAUGUACAAGGCAGAAACUAUUAGCAUUACAUUAAAGCUAACAAAGGCUGACAUGCUAUAGCAAAACAAUUACGUACCUCCAGUAGGAUUAUCUUUCCAUCUAAUGUAACCAUUAGGGCUAUUUUAAUCAGGUAGUAAAAGCUGCUAAACUGUGAUUUCAUGUCAGACCCCCAGUUAUUAACUCAUUGUGUGUGUGACUUGUGCUUUGUUUCACUUCUUCAUUAUAGAAAGCUUAGAAGAAGGAAAGUCUUCUGAUACCGAAAUCAAUCAGUGAAAUUUGUGUGAAUGACAAAUGGUGACUGUAGUUAAAUAUGUAUGUGUAUCGUAAUCCUGUGUAGUCUUUGCAGUCAGUGACAGGAUAAAAUAGUCAUUUUUGUACCUCCGUUUUCUGUAACAUCUAAAGAGCAGAUAAAUGUCUACAUAGAUAUACACUAAGGCUAAGAUAAUAAUUACACUAUAAACAGCACUUACAAUAAAAGCUAACACUACAGCAAAGUUUUACUGAAACACCCAGUUCAAUAAUGUGUUCACAGCAACAAAAAGGAGGAAGUUCUUGUAAAAUGUGAAACAUUCUCUAUGCUCUGUCAACAUCAGUUUUUAAUUUCAUAAAGUUUUCUUUGAUGGUACAUUUACAUUUACCUCCAUGUUACAUGUCAACCAAUGAAUUACAGUGUGACAUGGUCCAUUCCAUACAUCAAGCAUCUCUAUAUUGCUUUACAGUUCUUUUAUGCACUGACCUCAUGGCACUAACUGUAAACCAGUAGGAGUUCAAAUAAGACUACAUUGUGAAAAUUUAAUAAACAUAAAUUCCUUCUUUGUA